UUUGGUCGCUUGAAGGUAUUUUCAGUCCGCACAACUGGUUGGAUUAGCUUCAAAUAUUCAUCUUCUCCCUGCUACGAUAUAGUCGGCCAUCUCUUUUGACCAUUUGCAAUGGCUGGUCUCCCUGACCUUGAAGAGUGGCUUCAAGACGCCAACGAUGCGAUCAGUAUCAGCCUCGUGUCGCCGUCGAAAUCGGGCCUGAGCACAAUCGCAACGUUCCAACCCAAGUUCACGUAUUCCAUCUUUGGCGAGGAAGAGAAAAUCUUUGGAUACAAGGACCUGAAGAUCCAGCUGCGGUACCGUGCUAAUGAUAUGCGGCCGCACCUGCGCCAAGCAUACAGCAAAAAGUUCAAGCCAGUCGGUGAACAUGAACCCACUGACGUGGUGGAGAUUCUGGAGGGUGGAGGCCAUCUGCCAAAAGUUGCGUUUGCGAAAGCGUCGGAUUUUGAGAGCAGCUCACAGCAGCUUGGCAACGACUGGUCCCCCCCUGGAACGCUCCACGAAACCUUUCAAGGCGCCGAUGGCCAGUAUGAAAUCUGGAAGGGCAGCCUCGUCGACCCUGCCGUGAAGCAGCUAAACAGCCGCAUUCAAAUCCUGGUUCCCAUGCUUAUCGACGGAGGCUCCUAUAUCGGCUCGGAUCCAGAGUCAGACUCGCCAGAAUUGGAUUAUUCAGACGCUGACCGGUGGACCUUCUUCUUCCUCUACCGCAAGCAAAAAUCCACUGACGAUCCGGAGAAGAGCGCGUAUACUUUUAUUGGCUAUGCCACUGUCUACCGCUUCUUUUAUUUCAAGCCACCCUUGACACCGCCACCCUCUCCCGCCGACGACUGGGAGCUCCCUACGGGUUACAUGGAUUUAUCUCUGCUCCCCUGCAGGACAAGGCUCUCACAAUUCAUCAUUCUCCCACCAUUCCAAGGCAAGGGCAGUGGUGCCCGCCUCUACAACAGUGUCUUCACGCACUAUCACAGCCACGCUCAGACACACGAAUUCACUGUAGAGAAUCCCAAUGAAGCUUUUGACGACUUGCGAGAUACCUGCGACUUGACCUUUUUGCGAACAAUGCCUGAAUUCAACGAGCUUCGCCUCGACACCUCAGUAAAGGUUCCCAAAACAGGACCGCUACCUCCCCUGAUCGUUGGCGCACAAAAGCUCGAGAAAAUUCGAUUGCAGGCCAAGAUUGCUCCUCGCCAGUUCUAUCGAGUUCUAGAGAUGCAUCUGAUGUCCCAGCUGCCACCAUCUGUCCGCGCGACCAUGUCUCUGGACGACGAUGUCCCGUCACCUACCGCCGCGGACAAGCACAAGGAAAAGCUGUGGCAGCUUAUUGUUAAACAGCGAUUGUAUCGCCAUAACAAAGAAAUCCUUUCUCAAAUAGACGUCUCUCAGAGAAUUGAGAAGCUGUCAGAAACACUGGGUAGUGUAGAGCUGGAAUACGCUAGACUGUUGGCAGCUCAUGAUCGUGCUGCGAAGCAUUCGAAGCAAUCAAAUGGAAAGCGGAAGCUGGAGGAGUCUUCAGCCGACGCAUCGUCUAGCAAGAAGGCGAGAGUGGAAGAUCCGUGAAACGCAGUUGUCAUGGCAUAAUACAGGCUCAGUUUCACUAAUAAAAGUCAAUAAUAGCGGGCGUUGGGUGGGUCUUGAUACGACAUUUUCAGGGGAAAAAAGGCUCUAUGUAUUCUAUUGUAUAACAGGAAACCCCGAGCUGGCAAAACAUGCUACAUUACAUGCUCCUUUCAUAAAGAGGAAAAAAAAAACAACCGUUAAAUCAGAAAACUUCCUCCAGCCAGUGCAGUCAAUUACUCGUCGUAGUGUUCGUGAAUGUCAUUUUGAGACACAUUGUUGGUGGCCAGAAUGUUCUUACCCAGCUGGCCCGCCACCAAGGUCGCCUCUCGUACAGCCUUGGAAAUGGUUCCGCGCACGCGCUCUUCUUCCAGAACAAGGACUCCGUUGACGGUGCAGCCUCCAGGAGUGCACACCUUUUCUCGGAGAAGAGCUGGGUGCUCGCCGCUCUGGAUGAGGCCAGUCGUUCCUCGCAUGGUCUGCGUGG